AUGAAUUCUGGUUCACUUCUAGUUGCGGUAGAUUACACGCGCCACGAUCUUUUUGUAAUCUCCUCAAAUGUGUUCAUCGAGACUGUGGUUAGACCGCUCUACCCUGGGGCACUUCCAUCAGUUUUGCCGCUUCGCCUAGCAAAGGCUGACAGAAGUGUCGUUUUUGUGGGCUGCCUAGCACAUCGGCCUCAUCAGCAAGGCAAGCAGAAACUUUUUCUUUCACACAACUUGGCGAGCGACCUCGGAUUGCACGAGAAUGAUCAAGUUGACUGCACACCACUGCUCAACAUCCCCCGCGCAACGAAAGUUUUUGUAUCCCCGCUCACCGUGGAUGACAGCGAAGUGGUAGAACAAAAUGCCUUGCGCAUUGAAAACCAGCUUCUUCAAAACGUGCAGGUGGUCUUUCCCAAAAUGGUCAUCACGGCAACCAUCUAUGCCGGUGCGCACGCAAAAGUUAUCGUACAAAAGAUCGAGGAAGGCGAAGGAAUGGAAAUCACACAGGGAUGUGCCUCAAUGUUCGAGGGCACAAACUUCAUCGUAGCCGUCCGUCCUCGCCAAGACUCAAGCGAGGCAAAUAAGGAGGUGCUGCAGAGACCACGAUGGGGCUUCUUUCGCUGCAGCCCAAUGCUCGAAAGCGCUAAUCUGGGUAGCAAAGGUGUCCAUCAAACGGAAGGCAAUGCCUCGCAAUGGGUGAUCUCGGUCCAUCCAAACACCGCAAAAUCCCUCUACUGGAUGAAUCAGGAGCAUCUCAAGUUCAGCGCGCUUGAUCUUCAGACGUUAUCCACGCUGGAGGACGCCAAACUAACCCCGUCCUUUUUGCGAGCUAACAUGGGAAAGGCUCGUGUGGUUCUUGAUGAAUCGGCCCCGCAUGAUGAACGGGUGGCGAUAGCGCACGCCUCGUUUGUGGAUCAGACGACGACCGUGUUGGUGAUCCCGGAGGAGGCCGCUAGCGGGUCUGCCGAAAAGGAAGACGCGACCGCGCACCCUGCCGACGUUGUGCCAAAGGAAUCGCCCGAAACGUCGCCACCCUGCUCCGCGCUGCCCUUGUCGGAGGCGAGUUUAAGCAUAGAAAAACUUAGCGAGGUGCACGGAGACGUGCCUUGUGAGUUGCUGGAGCACCUUCGCUACACCUUUGAGCGCACCCAAUGGACGGGCGGAAAUGUUCUCCUGUGCGGCAGCAAAGGCUGCGGCAAAAGCACGUUGGUUUCGUGCGUCCUGAAGGUACUCCCGACGGUGCACACGGUCGUUGUGGAGUGCACCGCCGGCAAGCAGUUGCUCCCCAAGUUGCGUGCGGCCCUGGUUGAGUGUGUUCUGUGUGCCCCCUCCGUGCUGGUUUUGGACGAUUUUGACACCAUUGCCCCAGAGCAAAAAGAUGGCAACGUGCAAGCGAUGACUGCGGUUACGAAGGCCACCCUGGAGGCCUUCCUCACGACAAGCUCAACCCUUUUGUCUACUGCUGCAUGCAAACAUGUAGUUAUUGUGGCCACCUGUACCCACCGCGAGUCAAUAAAUAGCUGCUUUCGCUCGGCGGCGUUCUUUGAAAAGUUUAUUGUUCUCAACACCCUCAACAGGAACACUCGCCGUCUCAUGCUGAAACAACUUUUCCAAAAAGUGACGGACAAGGAUCUGGGCAAGAUGGCGGCGCUGAUGGAUAACUACACCCCUUUUGAUAUUACGCAAGUGUCGCUGAGAAUCAAGAGCAAGCUUGACUCCGUAGGCUCUAAGGAAGGAGAUGGGUCCUUCCUGGAGCAUGUGGAAUAUGCGGUUUCCACUUUCACGCCCCUCGCACACACCGACAUCAAAUUUCUGAAAGGUGAGAAGCUCAACUGGGCGAGCAUUGGUGGCCUCUCUGAAGCUAAGAAGGUUUUAUAUGAUACGCUCAUUUUGCCAAUGAGGCAUCCGAAUCUGUUCGCCCGUCUCCCACUCAAAACACGUAAUGGCAUCCUGCUUUAUGGAGCGUCGGGCUGUGGCAAGACGUUCAUUGUAGAAGCUCUGGUGAACGCGGAAAAUAUCAACUGCAUCGUUGUGAACGGACCUGAGGUGUUUGGUAAGUACAUUGGACAGAGUGAGCAAAAAAUUCGUGAUGUCUUUGAACGCGCCCAGGCGGCGGCACCGUGCGUUGUAUUUUUUGACGAGUUUGAUUCAAUAGCACCCCAGCGUGGGAUAGACAACUCAGGUGUGACGGACCGUGUGGUGAAUCAACUUCUGUGCUAUUUGGAUGGCGUUGAGGGGCGCAAGGACGUGUAUGUGGUCGCCGCGUCGAGUCGGCCUGACUUGAUCGACGCAGCACUGCUGCGUCCCGGGCGAUUGGAUAAGGCAGUGUUCUGCGCCAUUCCAUCCCACUCUGAUAGAUUUUCUAUUCUAAAAAAUCUAUUCGAAAAACUGUCCGUCACGUUUGACGACACAACACUCAAUCACUUUGCCGAGCUUACAGUCAACUGGACCCCGGCCGACCUGGCUGCUAUGGUGUCAACAGCAAACUCCUUCGUGAGCCAGCGUAUAAUUGCGACCCUAAGCGCCAACGCCGCGGCGGCCGAUGAUGAACUACAGGAAUCUGAUGGUUCAAACGCGUUCUUUAUAGCACAUGUAGGUCCAAACACCUCUCGUGACAAGGUGGUUGAUUCGAUCAGACGCUCAAUCCAGGGGCAGCGAAAUUUGGCCUCCCAUCUCAAUAUCAAGGAGGUGUUGUCGAGCAAGGACGUCCUCGAAGCCAUUGAGUCUACUCGGCCGUCUCUUUCAGAAAGAGACAUCCUCAAGCAGAAGAGGAUUCAUGAUAUUUUCAGUAAAAAAGCGCCUACACCAGUGGUGGAAGCUGGAACCAAAUUAACUUAUUACUAA